CAAAGGGAAAAAGAAGAAGAAGAAAACUCCAUGACAGUUCGUGGCGUCUGCUAGAGGUGGCUGUGUUUGUGUUGACACAACAGUCAGAACAGUGCAGAAAAUUUUAUUUUUCCGGGUUUAGUGAUUUUGUAACACAGAUGAGUGGCGUAUGAUUGAAGUUGCUCAAGUUUCGCCCUAUUAAUCUCGUAAAGAAAAGAUUAACAUGACUGCACACUGGGAAAAGAUUCAGGAGUUGGAUUCCAUUGAAAAAGAUGUCAUUACGUGCAUUCAAAGUGCAGGGCAAGCUCUGCAGGAAUUAAGUAAGGACAAGUCCAAUGUUAAACAAGCCGAGAUUCAGACCAAUCAAUUUCUCAAAACUCUGAGUUCAGUUGAAUCGAGACUGCAUACUCAGAUAAAUUAUCUCACCCAAGUUUCAACAGGUCAACCUCAUGAAGGGUCUGGAUAUGCAUCGCAAAAAGUGCUUCAAAUGGCAUGGCACAGACUUGAGCAUGUCCGCAGUCGUAUCAACGAACUGGACAAUCUCAAGAGCACUCAAAUAUCAGAAUGUGCUGUACGAGCUCCAAAUCUAGCAAUUGGCAUGGGCAUGGGGCCUAACAUGAAUGCUAUGCAACAUCAUCCUCAUCCACAGCUGAUGCCACCAAAUAAUGCUGAUGUGCAAAACUCAGGAUGAUUAUGUUCCCAGCGAUCUAAGUGAUUAUUGUACAUUCUCUGUAACUCCAAUAGUUGUAAUAAAUUAUUCAAAUCAUGAAUUC